AUGGACAACACAGAACUCAACUGUGAUAGGACCACAGACAAAGACAUGAUUCUUCGGAGCAGCACAGGCUCAGAUAUCACCAUGGCCCUAGGUGGGGUCCUCUUUAAACCUAUACUCAGAGCAGUUCCAGGAAAUGUGCUUACUACUGGAGACCAAGUGACAUUCUUCUGUCAAGGGCCCUUAGAGGCCAAGGAAUACCGUCUCUGCAAAGAAGGAAGUCCAGAUUGCUUGGUACCAACAACCCUUAUAGAAACUGAGAACUUGGCCAAAUUCUCUAUCUCAUCAAUUGAAUGGAACAAUGGAGGCCAAUAUAGGUGUGAAUAUCAGAGUGCCAAUGGUGUAUUAGAACACAGUGACUACUUGGAUCUUGUGGUGACAGGAGUUCACAACAGCAAUGUGACCCUGUCAGCCCUUCCCAGCCCAGUGGUGACUGCAGGAGAAAAUGUGACCCUUAAAUGUGUGUCACAACAUCCAUAUGACAGGAUCAUUCUGAUGAAGGAAGAUGAGAAGUUCUCCCCGGCUUUGCCCACACAGAAUAUAUACCCUGAGCUCUUUGGAGCCCUGUUCACAGUGGGUCCUGUGACCCCCAACCAGAGGUGGAGGUUUACAUGCUAUGGGUAUUACUUGAGCAGCUCCCAGCUGUGGUCAGUGCCCAGUAGUGUCUUAGAGCUUCUGGUCUCAGGGACCCUGCCGAAACCCACCAUCUGGGCUGAGCCGGGCUCUGUGAUCACCUCAGGGAAACCUGUGACAAUCUGGGCCACAUUUUUCAUCCCAUCAAUGAGAGCAUAUAAUGCAGGACGAUAUCACUGUUACUGUUAUAACUCUGCUGGGUGGACUGAGAAAAGUGACGCCCUGGAGGUGGUGGUGACAGCCUCACACUCCCAGGAUCACAUGGUGGAGAACCUCAUCCGGAUGGUCAUAGCUGGCUUGAUCCUCAUAGUUCUUGGGAUUUUGCUGUUUGAGGCUUGCCACAGCCAGAGAAGGUCCUUGAAUGCAUCCUGGAAGUGA